UCGUGCUGAAAGAGAGUGUAGAGGCUGCUAAUACUACUACUACUACUACUACCAGCAACCGUAAAGCCCCAGUACAUACUACCCAUUACCACGUACCAUGGGGUCGUCACGCUUUUCCCUCGUGCUGCUGGUACUCCUACCCAGCCUCGCCUCCGCCAUUGCCGACUUGGACGAAAUUCUUUACUCCGUCUCGAAGCAAAAUAAAAUCCCACACUCGACGAAGGGACAACUCACGCCCCUUCAGUUACUGAAGGAGAGCGUAGGGCUGCAAUACGAGAGACAUUCGGCAUCGCAGGAAAACGAGACUUAUGCACCAUACGAAGAAAAGAAUGUUAUCAUAGACGUGGUGCUCAAGACAGUGUUCGAUAGUGUGCUGAAACCCAUCUACUUGCCGUCCAGUGAAAACGCAAAUGAGGAAUGCAAAACAGACCUCAUGGAUAAAAGUUUCUACGACAACCUGAAGGCACGGAAAUUAUGGGCACUUCAGAUGGUGGACUCCUGGGGCAAACUUCCCGACGGCUUCUUCUUCGGUAACCUCCGCUCUACUGGGAUGUACGAAGAAUGCCUGAACGUGUGGGCGAACUUCACCAUCAAGUUGGGCAUCCUCGGGCCGACAGAACUCAGGAACUACACUGGGCGCUACUGUCAGAUUUAUUACGACCUGGCUCCCAAGAACGAAUCUCAGCAGGACCUCAGGAGCGGCAUUCCCAUGGAGGACCCGAGCUCUCCUCUGCCCUUCUCCUACGGCACCUGCAUCCCCUCCUCCUGCACCGCCGAAGACAUGUGGAUUUCGGUCAAUGAAACCCUGGCGUCUCUGGGCCUUGUUCUCUCCCACAUCGAGUGUUAUAAACGUGGACGACCCUCCUGAGGACCUCACACCUGGCGACGAAACCAUGUUG